UUUUUGGAAAUUUGAAUGUUCUUUAUAAUUUUCAUCCUCCUCCUCAAUUGUUUGAAUUUUCUUUAUUAUUCAGCAAAAUCUUGGUUUUUAUUUGUCAAAACCAAGAAAGCUGAAUUUUUUUUAAUUAGAAAUUGUUAUUUUUAUUGGUUGCAAAUGCAAUCUGGGGAAUGUUCUGUUGUGGCUCCUCAUUCCCCACCCUGGAAGUUCUCUACAUUUGAGGAAGAUGAAAUGCAUGAAACUGAAAAAACAUCCUCCAUAGUAGUCUCGAAAAGUUUUAAUGCAAGUGCAACCAAAGGCUCCAGAGUUCACAAUUCGUGUGGGGUGGCAGGCAACUUCAUUAUAAUGACAGCGCUCAGGAGCAAGAUCCUCACCUUGAGAGAUUUGCUUGACUUAUCGCCGUGUUUUGGCUCUGCAUCCCUAAAUGAGCUGCUGAUAUUAACACUGAAGGAUCUGCAUAAAAUGUAUCCUUCCGUCAACACGAAUGUUCCAUUGUCAAGUAUUGAUGGAGCAGGAAUGGAUCAGGCACUACAAUGCUUUUGUGAUACUUUGAAAUCAAUCGGGACAAUAUGGACGGGUGAUGAUGAAUUCAUAAUGAAAUUGGACGAGGAGUACAGUAAUCUCCACAACGAUCUAAGACGUUAUGGAUUGGUAUUGCUUGACGAGAUGAUCAAACUAGCCACUGAAAGGGUGUUUGAUAUGAUGGACGAGGAUGACCAGACGAGAGAUGAAAGUCCUUCAUCCGAUGCAUUUGGGAGGGCUCUUCCGGAGUCUCAUUCGGACAACGAGUCUUCCCUCUCAAGCCCUCCACCUACCCCAACUUCAGUCCUCUCCUCAGCAAUUAGUGCUUCACUGAAGAGUGAACUCAAGGCNAAGACUAUCGCUCAGAUAAAAAAUCUGCCGUUGUGUUGUCAAGCCCUAUCAUUAUUUUCCCCUGUUGGCGAAUACCUUGACAAAGCUGAGAGUUACUUUAACAAGAUCAAAGUAGAAAUUGACACAUUGGAACGAACAAAAGACGAAGAGGCCAAGAAAUUUAUAAGCCAUAACAUUCAUUUUGAUUUCGGCAUCCUCAUUCGUAUCAAAGAACUAAUGAUAGAUGUUUCCUCAAACUGCAUGGAACUUGCCAUGAAGGAGAGUAGAGAAGCAAAGACAAAGGAAAACAGAAGAGGUGGAUCGAAAAAUGGAUCACGUAAACUGUUAUGGAAGGCCUUCCAGUUCGCGUUCAGAGUCUAUAGUUUCGCUGGUGGACAAGAUGAUCGCGCUGACAAGUUGACAAGGGAGUUAGCUCAAGAAAUACAAAGAGAUCCUAACCAAUAGACAUAUUGUUAUACUCAGAAGGCGGAUGCAUAUGGAGCUUUCAAACAAUGGGUAUGACAAUUGAACUCAAUAUUCUCGACAU